AUGGGCAAGGCGGCCUCGCCGGAUCUGGCGAGAGCCUUCGCCGCCGUAGGCAAGGCGGCUUCGCCGGAUCUAGCUAAAGCCUUCGCCGCAGCGCCUGCGGCCGAUGAGGCCAUGAUGGCCUUGCCGAGAGCGUUUGCGGUCGCAGGCGAGGCGACCUCGCCGGAUUUGGCGAGAGCCUUCGUGGCCGCAGAUGAGGAGGAGGUGACGGUUCCCGACGAAGUUAGGGACAUGGCGGCAUUGUCGAUUUCCAGGAGGGUGUUGCGGUCGCUCGGGCCGUUGGGCCAGUGGAGGCAUGUCGGCUCGGACGGUGCUUUUUUCUUUGGUCGUCGAAGGCUAUCAACCUCAAUACUGACUCCUAAUGGUGAAGCUGACUUCCCUUCUGACUUAUUGUCCAAGAAGGAAGUAAUCGUGUCUGAUCGCGAGAUAGGACUUUACCAGGACCUUGUAAUUCCAGUGACGAACUUUCUUGGUGAAGAUAAGGGCUUGAUGGUCUUAGCUGGAGAUGUUUUUGAUGUACCUAUAAGAAAAGAUAUUAUUCAUCGUGUUGUGAGAUGGCAGCUUGCAAAACGACAACAGGGUACGCAUUCAACUAAAACAAUUAGUGAGGUCAGUGGAACAGGCAAAAAACCAUGGCGACAGAAGGGCACUGGUCGAGCAAGGCAUGGUUCUAGGCGUGGGCCCCACUUUAGAGGUGGUGCUACAAUGCAUGACCCAAAGCCACGAAGCCAUGCCAUUAAGAUCAAUAAAAAGGUUAGGCGCCUGGGGCUGAAGAUAGCUCUCUCUGCACGGGCGGGGGAAGGAAAGCUUCUGGUAUUUGACGAUGUGGAGAUCCCAACACACAAGACAAAGAACAUUGUAAACUAUGUCGAGCAAAUGGAGAACACUAAGAAAAUUCUGGUUGUGGAUGGUGGUCCCAUCAAUGAGAAGCUGAAAUUGGCUACGCAGAAUCAACACUAUGUCAACGUGUUACCCUCUAUAGUAAGUUUACCUUCUGGUUUUAGAUUUUGCAUUGUUGAAAUUGAUUUAGGUAGGCUUGAUAUUGCAUACUAGAAUGUUUUCUUACACUGUGUUUGGGUCUGAGAAUGCAUGAAUUUUAACGAGAA